AUGGACAUUAGGCUGCACUUCCAAAAGACACCGAGAAAGCCCUUCAAUGGGAUGCGGAUUGCCAUUAAGGAUAUUUUUGAUGUCAAGGGAGUCAAGACAAGUGGCCAGUCUCGCUCAUACAAUCAAUUGUAUGGGCCAGCCACCAGUUCAGCCCCUCCCAUCCAACGUCUCCUAGACUUAGGUGCGAUUGUCGUCGGAAAGGUUAAGUGUACUCAAUUUGCCUCGAGUGAGCAACCAACAGCCGAUUGGAUUGAAACUCUGUGCCCGUGGCACCCACGUGGAGAUGGAUUUUUAAAUCCUCGAGGAAGUAGUACCGGUUCUGGAGUGGCAGUUGCUGGCUACUCUUGGCUGCUCGACACCGUAGGCUUCAUCACCCGCAAUGCCGAACUAUUCCAUGAUAUCAACACGCAGCUUUACCCAAUCCCUACUAAUAUCUCCACGAUACGGCUCAUGUAUCUUGAGGACUACCUUCCAUAUGAUAACCCCGAUGCCCAGGAAAUCAUGGACAGGUUCGUCACGCAUAUGAGUGAAUUUCUGGGCUUGUCGGUUGAGCGCAUCAACCUGGCCAGGCUAUGGGACGAUCAUGACCCAACCGGUAAAGGGAUCUCGUUGAAGGAUCACGUCACACCGAUAAUGAAUACACUUAUAUGGGCUGGAUAUGAUCGAAACUAUGCCAGAUUUCGCCAAGAGUAUCGGAAGACAUUCAAUGCCGAUGCAUAUGUCAACCCGGUCAUCAGAUUUGCCUGGGAGAGAGGCGCUACAAUCACAGAAGAGACCAUCAAGGAAGUUGAGGAUGCCCGGGCCAUUUACAAAAAAUGGAUGGAAGAUGUCGUAUUCCAGCAAAAGGAUGGUCCCUUUGGAGCGAUUGCGAUGUACCCAGUCGGUGAUCCCGAGCCAGUGUAUCGUGACAACUAUCGUUUGUCUCCAGAGAAGCUGACUGGAUACAACUGGCGGGACAAGGAGGAUCACCAAGCUUGUCUCGCUGAAUUGCCAGCAAUUGUCGUACCCGACACCGAUCACUGUCUCACAAAAUUGGUCCAAGACAUGCUGAAAUCCACAGGUCUACCACUUUCUGUACAAGCUGGCAAAACUCCCUUUGAAGUCGCAGAGAUUCCUUCCCAGAAGCUUUAA